AUGCGCCUCCUUGCAGUUUUAGUAGCCGUCAUCAUCCUGGUUGCAGCCAGUGGUGAUGAUGUGCGCGACCAAAUCCCCAGCAUUGGCAGUGGUGGUGAUGAUGUGCGCGUCCAAAUUCCCAGCAUUGCCAGAAACAUAACGCACUGGAGAGAGAUGGGCAAGGCAAGCAAGCGAAAAGUCUGCUACAUCCGGCCCGGUCACAACAACGCGGACGGCGACGACGGGCCGCUCAUCACGCAGACGCUCAACAUCAACUGCCGGCGCAACAGCAUCGUCGUCUUCCCCGGCCCCGUCUACAACAUCAGGUCCCCCAUGACGGUCGGCAGCCUGCGCAACGUGACGAUCCAUCUCUACGGGCGCUUCCUGUGGUCGACCAACAUCGACUACUGGCUGUCGCAGUCCAUGCCCGUCGGCCUGCAGAACCAGACCACCGUCUUCCACUUUGGCGGCGACAACGUGACGCUGCACGGGCACGGCGUCGGCACCCUCGACGGCAACGGCCAGGUCUGGUACGACUGGGCCGGCGGCGAGGGCAACCUCCCGCGGCGGCCCAUGAUGGUCAACUGGCGCCGGCUGACCAACUCGACCGUGCGCGGCGUGCGCUUCGUGCAGAGCCCCAUGUGGACCAUGGCCGUCACGUACUCGCAAAACGUCGAGUUUGCGGAUAUCUACGUCAACAACACGUCGACCAACGGCGCGAGCACGCUCAACACGGACGGCAUCGACACGUACUACUCGCGCAACAUCACGCUGCGCCGCUGGCACAUCAAGAGCGGCGACGACGCCGUCGCGCUCAAGGGCAACUCGACCGGCAUCCGCGUGCUCGACAGCGUCGUCUACGGCGGCCAGGGCCUCGCCAUCGGCUCCGUCGGCCAGUACCGCAACGUCUUCGAGUACAUUACGCACUUUUACGCCCGCAACGUCACCCUCUUCGACACCACGUACGGGCUCUACCUCAAGACCUGGGGCGGCAACCCCAAGGGCCUGCCGCCCAACGGCGGCGGCGGCGGCCUCGGGCUCAUGUCCGACAUUGUGCUCGAGGACAUCAAGCUCAGGGGCGUCCGCAAGGCGCCGCUGUUUGCCUGGCAGUGCGAGAACUACGAGGGCGGGCUCGGCAAGGACUGCCAGUCGUCGCAAUACCGCAUGCGCGACUUCGUCGCGAGCUGGAUCACCGGCUGGGCCGCCACGGGCGUCGAGCACGCGGGCUGGUUCCAGUGCAGCGAGCGGGCAGGCGGGUGCCAUCGCUUCACCGUGUCCAACGUCCAUGUGACCCGGGGCCAAUGUGGUGACGAGCUCACGUUAUGGCACUGCGAGAACAUGCAUGACCACACUGGCUUCAACUGCACUGAUUGA